GGCGCAAAGUCCCGCAAGUACAGCAAACCUUCAGCUGGGAUCCACCAUACUGGGUCGCUGCUGACUCACAGGUUUUGUUUGCUGUUGAUUCUUCGUUUUUAAUUAAUAAGCAAACGGACGCAUCAUGAGUGUGGAGUCCAAAAGACCACGGGAGGCUUUUUGCUCUAAGCUGAAGCUUUUUUUGGUCUCGUUGGCGUUUGUGUAUUUUGCCAAAGCUUUUGGCGGAGCCUACAUGAAGAGCUCCAUCACCCAGAUUGAGAGGCGCUUCAACAUCCCCAGCUCUCUGAUUGGGGUCAUAGAUGGCAGCUUUGAAAUUGGCAACUUGUUGGUUAUCGCCUUUGUGAGCUACUUUGGUGCAAAGCUCCAUCGACCACGGCUGAUUGGGGUUGGCUGUUUAAUCAUGGCCGUCGGCUCCUUCCUCGUAGCGAUGCCUCACUUCUUCCAAGGACCGUAUAAAUAUGAAACCAGCAUGUCUCACAACGCUCAGGUCAACAGCACCGAGAACACCCUGCCCUGCUUGGCCAAUCACAGCUCAACAGAUGAAAAUGAAAUGUUUGAUUUUGAAACACAAAAAGCUUGUGAAAAGGCCGUUGGCUCGUCCAUGUGGAUCUACGUUUUCUUGGGCAACAUGUUGCGAGGCAUCGGAGAGACUCCCAUCAUGCCUUUGGGAGUGUCCUACCUGGAUGACUAUUCCAGACCUGAAAACACGCCUUUUUAUUUGGCCGUUAUCCAUACAGUGGGCAUGUUAGGACCUAUGGUUGGAUUCAUGCUCGGGUCUUUCCUAAGCAAGCUCUACGUUGACAUUGGAUUUGUCGAUUUAGACAGCAUCAGUAUUACCUAUAAGGACUCUCGCUGGGUGGGAGCCUGGUGGCUGGGCUUCAUAGUGACCGGCACAGCAAUUCUGCUGUCAAGUAUCCCCUUCUUCUUUCUGCCCAAGUCUCUGCCCAAACAGGGAUGCGAGGAGAGCAAAAACAAAACCACAGAAAUGACCACUGUGGCAGAACAGGAGAACUUCCUGCCAGAUGAGACUCAAGGAGGUGACGAAAAGGAGAAACCAGUCACAUUUGGCCAAAUGGUCAAAGAUUUUCUUCCUUCCUUGAAGAGACUGUUCAGAAACAGCAUCUACAUCAUCAUGAUCCUCAUCAACCUGGUUGCCGUCAACGGCUUCAUCGGCUUGAUCACCUUCAAGCCGAAGCUCAUGGAGCAGGUCUACGGCCAGGCGGCAGCCAAGGCCAUUUUUCUCAUCGGGAUUAUGAACCUGCCAGCAGUAGCUCUGGGGAUCAUCACCGGUGGGUUUAUGAUGAAACGGUUCAGGAUCGGCAUCGUCGGAGCAUCCAGGGUGUGCAUGGCUUCAACUUUGGGGUCCUUUCUUUCAAUGGCCUUGCAGAUUUUCGUUCACUGUGACAACGCUGAGGUGGCUGGGCUCACCGUCUCAUAUAAAGGGUAUACAAACGUGUCCUACAACCAGCAGACUUUGCUAUCCCAGUGCAACAUGGGCUGCUCCUGCUCCUUGAAGCACUGGGACCCAGUGUGUGCCUACAAUGGCAUGACGUACGCCUCACCCUGCCUGGCGGGCUGUCAAACCUCCUCUGGAACGGGCAGGGCAAUGGUGUUUCACAACUGUACCUGCAUUGAUGACGUGAUGACCAAAGCUGCGAACAGGUCAGCUGUGCUGGGCCAGUGUCCCAGGAAGAGCGACUGUGAUCAGAAAUUUAAGAUCUACAUGUCUAUAUCUGUGGUGGGAUCCUUUUUUGCUGCUUUGGCUGCCACACCGGCAUACAUGGUGCUGCUUCGGUCUAUACAACCAGAUUUGAAGUCUUUGGCCUUGGGAAUGCAAACACUGAUAGUAAGGUGUCUAGGUGGAAUCCCUCCCCCGAUAUAUUUUGGAGCACUAAUUGAUCGAACGUGUUUGAAGUGGGGUACCAAGCAAUGUGGAGGACGUGGAGCGUGUAGACUCUAUGACGCCAACACAUUCAGAUUAACGUACAUGGGGUUGGUCAGCGGAAUAUACAUCCUACCCAACAUUUUGUGGGGAUUCCUCUAUGUCAAAAUUGUCAAGAGGGAAAAGAAGUUAGCUCUGAGGAAUCAGGCCAAAGAAAAUGAAGUGGAGGCGAACGGCGAGAGCAACGGACACGCCAACAUCAGCAUCGCCAAAAACAAACAAGACACAACCACGGAGAGCACAAUUUAAUGUGCUGUGGGAAAGCUACGCAUUAUUGUAAAGAAGAUGAACGCUUAUGUACUGUUCUCCAUCCAUAA